AGUGGACGAAAGAUUGGGGGAUUUUUUUUUCCUUCCCGUUCUCCUCCAAUUGUUUUGAUCAUUCCCUUGGAAAUUUUCGUUUCUCUGUGAUUUCCAUUCGUCUUUGUGAUCCAUUUUUUCCCACAAACAUGGCUGCAUCGUCGUCUACUGCGGCCACCACCAACAUCAUGCUCGCCAUCUUCGAGAAGAAGACGAACUCGACCGAUCUCUAUCGGCCUCUUCGCAACUACGUCGCUUUCCACUACUCCGAACGCGAGGCCCACAACAUCGAAGACGACCUCCAAACCCUUAAGCAACUCCGUUCCGACCUCGAGCGCCACUCUGACCCUUCCCUUACGGCUCGCCGCGACCUUCUUCAAUCCUACUACAGAGCUCUGUGCCUUGUGGAGACUCGUUUCCCCAUAUCUUCUGACCCAGAUCACGUCAAUACUCUCAGCUUUGUGUGGUUCGAUGCGUUUAAGCCCAAAUUGAAGGCCACCCAGCAGAAUAUUCACCUUGAGAAAGCCGCGGUCUUGUUCAAUUUGGGUGCAGUUUAUAGUCAAAUUGGGCUAUCCUAUGAUCGGAAUACUGUUGACGGCCGUAGGCAGGCCUCGCAUGCGUUUAUCGCAGCUGCUGGGUCGUUUGCUUACUUGAGGGAUAAUGCAGCCAUGAAGGCGUCAAUUGGGAGUUCUACAACAGUGGAUUUGUCUGUUGAGUGCUCGGGAAUGUUGGAGAGGUUGAUGCUGGCUCAAGCACAAGAGUGCGUGUUUGAGAAUACCAUUGCAAAAGGAAGCACCCCGGUGGUUUGUGCGAAGAUCUCUAGGCAGGUUGGGCUAUACUAUGAGGAAGCUUUAGCUGCAUUGAACGUUGCUCCUCUAAACCAGCAUUUCGACAAGUCUUGGUUAGCUCAUGUGCAGCUAAAGGCAGCUCUAUUCUUUGGAGAAGCUUGCUAUAGAUAUGGAUUAGAGCUACAUGAGAAAGAAGAGAUAGCAGAGGAGAUUGCAAGACUGAGGAGUGGGGUUAAUGCACUAAUUGAAGCAAAGAAAAGCUCAAAGGGUGCUCCCGCACAAAUCCUAGACGCAAUUAGUAAGUUAGAGGCCAAUCUUAACCGAAACCUUGAAAGGGCUGUUAAAGAGAAUGAUAGAGUUUACCUCAUGAGGAUUCCUUCUCCCAGUUCCUUAGCACCUCUUCCUGCUUUUUCCAUGGUGAAGCCAAUGGCAAUGAAUGAAGUGUUGGAUGCUAGUAAAGAGAAGAUGUUUGCAAGUCUUGUUCCUGACAGCAGCGCAAAAUCACUCUCCAGGUACACUGAGAUGGUAGAUGAAAUUAUAAGAACCCAGGCUGAAAAAUUGCAACAAGCCAGCGAGUUAACUCGAAUAAGACUAAAGGAAAUGGAGCUGCCUGAUUCUAUUCUUGCUUUGGAAGGAAAUUUAACUCUACCAACACAUCUUAAAGAAGAUGUGGAGGCCGUGCAGAUCAGUGGGGGUCCUGCUGGUUUGGAAGCAGAAUUACAGCAGCUUAAGGAUCUAAGGAGGGUAAAUCAAGAAAUGUUAGUCCAGACAGAGGACCUGUUGCAGAAGGAGGCAAGAGAAGAUGCCCAAUUUAGAAGCCAAUUUGGGACAAAGUGGACUAGGCCUCAAUCAAGCACUUUAACAAAGAACUUGCAGGAUAGGUUAAAUAGAUUUGCAGGUAACUUGAAGCAAGCUGCAGAAAGCGAUGGCCGGAUUGAGCGUGCAGUUAGAGAACAUGCUGCACUUAUGGCUAUCCUUGACAGUCGUCCGAUUGAAUCUGCACUCCCUUCCUUGGCGAGGCCAAUAAUGUCUUUAGACGCCAAUGAAGAUGCUAUUGUGGGGUCUCUCAAGCAGAGCUUGAGGCAACUUGAAAGUCUGGGAGCUCAAAGGGCUGGCCUUGAAGACAUGCUUAAAGAGAUGAGAAGAAAGGAUGAUAUACUACCCAAGUUGAUGACGUCGACUGGUUCUCAUGAGGAUCUUUUUAAGAAAGAGAUAACAAAAUAUGAUCAUAUAUGUGAAGAAAUAGCUCAAAACAUUGAUGCACAAGAGCAGUUGUUGCUGCAGAUUCAGGAUCAAAAUGAUGAGUUCUCUGCUAUCUUUAAUCUUGAAGAUUACAGAGCUUCGCGUGAAAAAUGCUACAAGCAGAUUGAAGCUGCCAUAGCAAAGUACCGAGAAAUAAAAGACAACGUCAAUGAAGGGUUGAAAUUUUAUGUUACGCUGCAGGAUGCAAUCACAAAUGUAAAGCAGCAGUGCAGUGACUUUAUAAUGACCAGAAACAUCCAGUGCAGGGAAAUGAUUGAAGAUGUUCAGAGACAAGUGGCUGGUCUCAGUUUCCAGGAUACCAAAACCACUGCCCCCUCUAGCAGUGGCUACCUUUCAAUGGGACACCAGCCUCAAAGAUCCUAUCCGCCAGAUUCUCGCCCCCAAACUGGAUAUUAUCAGCCGCUGCCUGAACAGCCAUCAGCUGCUGGAUAUGCUCAACCUCCUCCAUAUGGCUCUGCACAUCAGCCACCGCCUCCUUACCACAUGCCACACCCAUCAACCGCCCCCUAUCCUUCUCAGGUCCCCCAGCAGCAACCAGCAGGCCAUGACUAUGGCCAACCUGCAUAUCCUGGAUGGCGUGGCCCAUACUAUAAUGCGCAUUCUCAACAACCUUCUUCAGUUCCUCGGCCUCCUUAUACCAUUCCAGGUCCAUAUCCUCCCCAUCAAAGUGGCUACUAUAAGCAACAAUAGUGUGCAACCCCCUGGCUGAAAAAUAGUAUUCUUUGUGAUUGAUGAAUAAAUUUCAGUUGGAUACUCGGCCUAUGAUCUUAAAACCUUAGUCAUGAGUCUGUUUGGGCCUUUGGGGACCAUCAUUGUAUUCCUGUUCUUUUGGUUUGCUUCAUCCUAAGGUUACGAAAUGUAUAACUAAUUCAAGUAUGAACUUAUGUAUAGUUUGGUGAUCUGUAUCUAGUUUUGAGGGCAGACUUUUUUUUUUCCCCCCACCUCAAAAGGAGACUGUUCUGAUUGAAGUACA